GUGUUUCCUAUUUUAUAGCUCCAUGGUUUGAUGUUCUUUUUCUGUUCAGUAUUUUGUAAUCAUAGGUUUAUUUGUUUCAUCGUCAAGUUUACACUGAUUUUGACAGCGUUUCCUUGAAUGCCCCAACUUUUUCAAAUGCCCUGAGAGAGCUCUAACCAUGGUGUUGUGGUCGUGUGUUUACUAGCGGGCCGCACCGAGACCGCUUUGACCUGCCCCUGUACACACAUGGUACAGUACACGUGGGGCCGGAAGAAGUAUUAAGUCGCUUCUCUGGAAGAGCGAUCGCCAGCCCAUUGCACAUGAACAUUUACAGACCUGUGGUACAAGCAAGGCACAUUUGCAAAGAAUUUCUGGCAUUACCUUCCAUAUCUUUAAGCCAGAGGUUGUGUGUCUCAGCCAUGAGCAACUCAUCGGCUAAUGAUCAGGGAGCUGGCGGGGCACCGGUUAUCCAACAUCUUCACAGACAAGGGAACAAUACAGUAGCCUACAGACACACUCCUGGGCAGAACCCAGGGGUGAUGUUUCUCCCCGGCUUCAUGUCAAACAUGAACGGGGGUAAGGCAGUAGCAUUGGAGAAAUGUUGCCAACAGAUGGGAGUGGCCUACAUCAGGUUUGACUACCAAGGCUUAGGAGAUUCCCGUGGGCAUCUCCAACCUGGAGGGAAGGCUUUUGAUGUUUGGAAGUCAGAUUCCUUAGCAGUACUCGAUGACCUUACAUCUGGACCCCAGAUCCUUGUGGGUUCAAGUAUGGGUGGAGCCUUGAUGAUACUCCUAGCUUUGGAGAGACCCCAGAGAAUAGCUGCUCUCAUCGGUGUGGCUACAGCGGUGAACUUCAAACAGCCUUUGAGCUACACUGAAAAAGAUAGAUCACAGGAAGCUGGUAACCCAACAGCAGAGGAAGUGAUGUAUGUGACACCACAAGAUUUUGUCGACAAGCGUUACCAGCGAUGCUUGAUGGAGGAUCAGUUGCAGAUUACCUGUCCUAUCAGGUUACUACACGGAAUGAAGGAUGACACGGUGCCAUACAUGACAUCAUUAGAUGUGGCGCAGAGAGUAGCCAGCAAAGACGUGGAUGUGUUGUUGAGGAAAGAUGGUAACCAUCGCAUGUCGCAAGAGAGAGACUUGCUAUUGCUGACCAGAACAUUGGAGACACUUGUGGAGAAAGUCCAGACUGAUUCCAUUCUUGGUGGAAAUAAACUGUAGCUUUCUGUCCUGCUCAAUCCAAAAUCUGCUAUGAGGGCCAAAGACACUUGUGAGCAGGUUCUAAAAAUUAUCAACUAGCCAUGUAUUUGCGCUCAUGUGCACGUACACACGGGAAAAUGUCAAAUAUAGUGUAAUUUGGCCAUAGAAUUGAAGCCCUGACUGUUGGAACAAUGCUCUUGGAUAGGUUACUACCAAUCAGUUACUUGCCAAAAGCACAUACAUGGCAAACUUAGUAUCAACGUGGAUGUGAGCGGGAUACCACGGCAGUUAUGGCAUCUUGGCAGAUUAGUCAAUGAUUGCUCAUUCUCAGUGCCCUACAAUGCUGGGAUGCUGGUUUCUGCUAAUUUUCUCGAAUUUCUGAUUGGUUGACUAUCUGCCUAACCAAUGAUAAUCUGAUGUAUUUACGUGUAUUCCCACAGUGCUUUGCAUUCAAGUGUUUGUUAAAGAGAUUAUCUGUGUCCUACAGCUAGGUUUGCCUAGACCUCAGGCUGUCAGGAGAACAAGGGAAUUACACAAAGAUUUACUUGGUCUUGGUUCCAACCUCCCUUUAGUUUAUUCCGCAAUCACAAACCAUGCCACCAUUACAGGGCACUAUCUCCAGACAAACCGCUAUCACCUGAAGGUCGUGCGUAUUUUGUUUGAUCUGGGGCGGCAACAGACUAUGGUUUCAAUGGUUGGACAUGCAUUGUUCAUAUCACAUGAGUGGUGAUUGGCAGAAAUUAUGCAAAUGACCUUCAACAUGCUGCUUCAUGUUCAUAACGUUAUUUUUUGAGACUGAAACAUCAUGCAAACAUGGUUUUCCCAGACACUCAGAGCCAAGUGCGCCAUGUGUACACAAAAUGUAUUUUUCUGUAGCCUGCUGGCCCAGCAGUCCAGAACUUUCAAAGACGGUGCAGAGAUAAUCAAAGCCAUGGGAUAGAUACAAGAUGAAUACUUGUGUGGUAAUUGGUGCCUUAAAGGCGUGUCACAACCACAUAGACGGCUUUUUAUGCAGAAAGUUUUGGACCGGAGAUGCCAUUUGUUUUUCAGUUCUCUUUUAAGUGAUGUCAUGAAGUGGCAUAAACAACUGAAGAUUCAAACGAUGCCUGUGAUUUACUCCCCGGAAAUUUUGGGAAGAAACAGUGACAAAUGGAAUGUCCAAGACCUUCGCCUAAAGUAAAAAAGGAAACAAAUAUAGUGCCCUCGUAGUAGCUUGAACCAUGAACUAAUCCAUUUUUGCCCAAAGGAGGAAUGGAAAGGUCCUGGAGCCAAGACUAAGAUCUGGUGACAAGCACUGUGUAUGUUACUUGUUACUGUGUUAUUGAUUUUAUGUGAAAGUCACAUAUGGUAAAUGCUGAAUAAAAGCAAAAGUGUGUGCCUAUGCCUUUUAAAAGUGAACUUGACAUGAAACAGGAUUUAUAUUAUAGUUGUUAAACAUUAAAAUGUAUCAAAAGGAAUUAAUAUUGCAAAGAAAUACAGAAGUACA